AUGCUCUGGCAAUUCGCACCCAGGGGGAAUUGCUUCCAGAUUGCACUUCUCACAGCUCACCAAUCCUUCGUCUCGCUUACUGGCUGCAAGGGCGCACUUCCGCUCUUCCGGCCGCCGCGAUCAAAAUUCCUCUUGAAAGAAAGAGGCAAUCCUGAACAAAAUGGCAACUCCCGCACCCUCAAUAGCCCCUGCGCCCACUCCAGCUCCGUUGCUCCCGCAAUUGCCGCCAAGCCAAACAUUUCACCAUCUCCCGGACCGGGUACACCCGGAUCCGUCACCUCCAAGGAAUGGGUUAUACCACCACGUCCCAAGCCUGGCCGGAAGCCUGCCACGGAUACGCCGCCUACUAAACGCAAGGCGCAGAAUCGUGCGGCCCAAAGAGCGUUCAGGGAACGUAGAGCCGCCCGCGUCAAUGAGCUCGAAGACCAAAUUAAGAAAAUCGAAGAGGAGCACGAUAUUCAUGUGGCAGCGUUCAAAGAACAAAUUUCAAACCUGUCUCAUGAAGUCGAACAGUGCCGAAAUGAAAUGACAUGGUGGCGCGACCGAUGCCACGCUCUGGAGAAGGAAGUCUCAGUAGAAAGAAGCGCGAAGGAAGCCCUUGUUAAAGAGUUCCGGUCGUCGCUUUCGGAUAAAAAUGUUCCUGCUGGUAGGGCACCAUUGACUCGCAUGUCCGCCAAAAAAUCUAGCUCUGGACGAGCUACGAAUGAAAGGUCUUCGCCGAGCAACGCCAGCGGCGGUAUUACCCAUGAUGAGCGGGAGGAAGUGCCACUGGGCUGCCCUAGUUGUUCUUCGACACAUUGUCAGUGUAUUGAAGAUGCAUUUGCAAUGCCAGGCGUUGAGCCGUUGAAUUCCAAUCGUCUUAGCACCACUGGACAAGGGCGUGUCGAGCCUGAGAUAAAGCCCGACCCGGAGGAGAUGGAAAUCGACUUUACCACUCGGUUUGCUGCCCCUCAACCGCAGGAAGACACUACCACGGCUGUUUCAUCCCCUGCGGUUGAUCCGUGCGGCUUUUGUCAGGAUGGAACCCCAUGUAUUUGUGCGGAAAUGGCCGCCCAGGAAGAGCAGCGCCGACAAUCCUUCGAGAACAACCGUCUCGCACCCAUUCAAAACCUGUCUCAAUUCACGCCACCUCCCUCUGAUGGCGACGUUCGCUCUGAAGUCACUCUGCCGUCCAUUAGUCAGGCAACUAAUCCCUGUGCGAAUGGCCCUGGCACCUGUGCCCAAUGUCUUGCGGACCCAAAGAGUACCCUUUUUUGCAAGACGCUGGCGGCCUCUCGCUCCGCCAGCGUUGCCUCCUCCGGAUGUUGCGGCGGUAAAGGCGCCGAUGGUGGGUGUUGCCAGUCACGCAGUUCCAACCCCCCGCGUGCUGCCGCUGCCAAAUCGACAUCUGGUAGAUCUACGACGCCCUCACUAACACUCUCUUGUGCUGACGCAUUCACGACACUGUCACGACACCCGAAUUUCUCCCGUGCCAGCGAUGAAAUUUCUGCGUGGCUUCCUAAGCUGCAUACAUUACCAAAUCCGAAGGAGGUUGCAUCGCCCGAUCGAUGCUCCUCGAGGGCGGCCCUCGAGGUCGAGGCAGCGAGUGUAAUGGGCGUCUUGCGCUACUUUGAUCGGAGGUUUGCCGACAAAUAA